AUGGAUCCUUAUACUCAACAUUGUAGCUUUCAAAACCUGUUAAACAGUCAACAACCAACCACUGAAAACCCUUAUCAGCCUGUCCCUCGUGAGCCUUAUCAGUCUGCGUCGGAGGCCUCUAUGUUCGGUCCAGAAGAUGGCAACGACGAUGUAGAGAUCUUGUCUGACCGUAAAGAGAGACUAAAAUGGACACCAAGAGAAGAUGGGGUCCUGAUAAGUGCUUGGCUGAACACCUCGAAAGACCCAGUGAUUGGCAAUGAGCAGAAAGCACUUGCGUUUUGGAAACGCAUUGCUGCUUACUUUGCUGCGAGUCCAAAGCUGGAUGGCGCGCAAAAGAGGGAGCCAACCCACUGUAAAGCGAGAUGGGGUAAGAUUAAUAAGGGAGUCUGUAUGUUUGUUGGGUGUUUUGAAGCGGCAACGAAGCAGAGAUCGAGUGGACAGAACGAGGAUGACGUUUUGAAGUUGGCUCACAUGAUUUUCUUCAAUGAUCACAAGGCUAAGUUCACAUUAGAGCAUGCCUGGUUAGAGCUACGAUAUGAUCAGAAAUGGAUUGCUUCGUCUGCUACCAAGGAUAAAGUUCAGACAAAGAGAAGGAAGUUAGAUGACCAGUCAUCAACCUCAGUGCCUGUAAGCCACGGAGAGGAAGAAGGCAUGGCUCGGCCAGAAGGUGUCAAAGCAGCAAAGGCGAAAGGAAAGAAGCCAGUGAGGAAGCAAGGGAAUUUGGAAGCAGAAGAGAUGGAGUUUCAAAGCUUUUGGGAGAUUAGGCAGAAAGAUUUUGCUUUGAAGUCAACUCUUAACAAACAAAAAUUGCUUGCGCGCCUAGUUGCUAAGUCUGAGCCAUUAAGUGAACUAGAAAUGCAAGUUAAAAUUAAGCUUCUUACUGAGCUGUUCGCAUGA